AUGAACUCCUCCUCGUCGUCGUCGUCGUCGUCGUCCAAGGGAAAGAAGAAGCAAACGGCGGCAACAGUACCAACUACGAAAACGACACAAGAGCAGCAUCAAACGGCAUGGAACGGGAGGUACCUUGGUGUGAGGAGGAGACCAUGGGGGAGAUACGCGGCAGAGAUUAGAGACCCUUCAACCAAAGAGAGACACUGGCUUGGAACCUUCGACACCGCCGAGGAAGCAGCACUUGCAUACGACGCCGCAGCACGAUCCAUGCGCGGCUCACGUGCCCGAACAAACUUCGUAUACCCCGACACUCCUCCUGGUUCCUCAGUCACCCCAAUCCUUUCCCCAAACCACAAUGUUCACGACACAUUCGUGACAAACGUGGGACUUUAUCACUCACACUCGAAUUUUCAACACAUUGUCCUUCCCCAACAACCCGACCCGAUUCCAACGAUGGACCCUGUUUCCCUCCUGGGAAUGCCUUAUACCUACGGUGGUUAUGGUCAAGAGAAUAAUUAUCAUAAUCAGGGUGGUGCCAACGUGGAGGGUUCCUAUUUGAACCAAAUGUUUUUUGACGAUAGCACUAGCACUAGCACUAGCAUUAUUAGCACUAACACGAUAGAGCUUCCACCUUUGCCACCGGAUAUUACAAGCUCCACCGGUUAUGAGAUGGUAGAGGAUCAAGGGUAUUAUUGGGAGCAGAAUUUGGGUGAUUACAUGCAUAUACCCACGGUGUCAGAGAAUGUGCCACGCCCUGAAGGUUUUGAUAUGGGAAGCUCCUCCUUUUUCUACUGA